AUGUACCAAAUACCAUUGGCAUACCAAGUAUCAUUGGCAUACCAAGUAUCAUUGGCAUACCAAGUAUCAUUGGCAUACCAAGUAUCAUUGGCAUACCAAGUAUCAUUGGCAUACCAAGUACCAUUGGCAUACCAAGUACCAUUGGCAUACCAAGUACCAUUGGCAUACCAAGUACCAUUGGCAUACCAAGUAUCAUUGGCAUACCAAGUAUCAUUGGCAUACCAAGUAUCAUUGGCAUACCAAGUAUCAUUGGCAUACCAAGUAUCAUUGGCAUACCAAGUAUCAUUGGCAUACCAAGUAUCAUUGGCAUACCAAGUAUCAUUGGCAUACCAAGUACCAUUGGCAUACCAAGUACCAUUGACAUACCAAGUAUCAUUGGCAUACCAAGUAUCAUUGGCAUACCAAGUACCAUUGGCAUACCAAGUACCAUUGGCAUACCAAGUACCAUUGGCAUACCAAGUACCAUUGGCAUACCAAGUACCAUUGGCAUACCAAGUACCAUUGGCAUACCAAGUACCAUUGGCAUACCAAGUAUCAUUGGCAUACCACGUACCAUUGGCAUACCAAGUACCAUUGGCAUACCAAGUACCAUUGGCAUACCAAGUACCAUUGGCAUACCAAGUACCAUUGGCAUACCAAAUACCAUUGGCAUACCAAGUACCAUUGGCAUACCAAAUACCAUUGGCAUACCAAGUACCAUUGGCAUACCAAGUACCAUUAAAGUAA